UAUCCUGUGACGGCUUCACUGUUUCAUUUUAUUUACAGAAGGAUUAUUAUAGACACUUAUGUUCUGUAGUUCUUGUUCGAGUCUCGCCAUAUAUAACUCUGUUUUCUUCAUAUUCGAUUCGGAUCUGUACGAGAAUCUUCGUAAAGGUUGUUGGUGAACUUGGAAGAUGAGUACACUUGAGACCACGAGAGCUGAGCUUGGUUUGGUAGUUGUGUAUUUGAAUAAAGCGGAGGCGAGAGACAAGAUUUGUCGAGCUAUUCAGUACGGUUCCAAGUUCUUGAGUGAUGGACAACCUGGCACUGCUCAAAAUGUUGACAAGUCCACCAGCUUGGCUAGAAAAGUUUUCCGUCUCUUCAAGUUUGUGAAUGAUCUUCAUGCUCUCAUUAGCCCUGUUCCCAAAGGGACUCCACUCCCGCUUGUUCUGCUGGGAAAGUCCAAAAACGCGUUGCUGUCUACGUUCUUGUUCCUCGAUCAAAUAGUGUGGCUUGGCAGGACUGGGAUUUACAAGGACAAAGAACGCGCUGAGCUUCUUGGACGUCUAUCCCUCUUCUGUUGGAUGGGUUCUUCCGUCUGCACAUCCUUGGUCGAGAUUGGGGAGCUUGGUAGGCUCUCAGCAUCAAUUAAGAAGUUAGAAAAAGAGAUGGGGAGCAAGGAUAAACACCAAAACGAGCAAUACCGUGCUAAACUAGAGAAAUCAAAGGAGAGGUCAUUAGCUCUGAUCAAAGCAGGGAUGGAUGUGGUUGUUGCUUUCGGAUUGCUUCAGUUGGCUCCAAAGAAAGUCACUCCCCGAGUCACAGGCGCCUUUGGAUUCGCCUCCUCACUUAUCUCUUGUUAUCAGUUAUUGCCAUCGCAUCCAAAACCUAAGACGGUCUGAGAAAAGUAGUUUCCUGUACGGACGGAUAUGUUCCAUAGUUUGGUAUUAUUGUGACUGUUGUCUUAAUACUUUUGUUUAGAUGUCGUCAUAAUACUUUUGUUUAGAUUCUGUGAUAUAGCAGUAUAAUGGUAAACGUUUGUCUCUCGGUUUAGGAAAAAAAGAAAAACAGAGUAUUAUUAUUACUAUUAUUGCGAGGUGUAAAGGUGUUAUUGUU